AUGUCGACGCCUUACAGCUUCGACCAGGACCCCUCCAAGGUCGCCCCCUUCAAGUGGGACGAUCACUACGACUUCCCGCGCGAUUUGAUUGGCUAUGGCGAGUCAUCCUUCAACCCACAGUGGCCCAACGGCGCCAAAAUCGCCGUUUCCUUCGUCAUCAACUACGAAGAGGGGGCAGAGCACACGGUGUUGAACGGCGACCUGCACUCAGAGUCGCACAUGUGGGAAGCCCCCGGCGGCGCUCCAAAGGUCCAAGAGCGCGCCGUCAACGUCGAGAGCGAAUACAACUAUGGCUCAAGAGCGGGGGUGUGGAGGUUGUUUCGGCUGUUCAACAAAUACGGCUACAAGUACACCUUGUACGCCGUGGGUCAAGCAAUUGAGAUGAAUCCCGCCGUGGCGCUGUCGAGCGUGCAAAACGGCCACGAUGUUGCCUCACACGCGUACCGCUGGAUUGACUACCACAACAUGCCCGCAGAAGAGGAAAAAGCCACGAUCAAAAAGGGCAUCGAGACCAUCCAGCGCAUCACCGGCGAAGCACCCAAAGGCUGGUACUAUGGCCGCCUGUCGCCGCGUUCGCACGCGCUUGUCUGGGAUGUCUACAGAGAGAUGGGCCUCCCACUCCUAUGGCAGUCCGACAGCUAUGCUGAUGACGUCCCUUACUGGGUUGACGUGCCCGCCGAGAAGGACGAUCCCAGCCCACAGGGCUUGCUAAUGGUGCCCUACUCGUAUGACUGCAACGACUACAAGUUCAGCGUCCCCACCGGUUUCAGCGGCCCCAUGGACUUUUACGAUCACAUCAAGGGGGCUUUCGACGUACUGUACGAGGAAGGUUGUGAGGGUAUGCCCAAGAUGAUGACUAUCGGCCUGCACUGCAGGUGCAUUGGCAAGCCCGCGCGCUUUGCGGCGCUGAAGAAGUUCGUGGAGUAUAUCAGCCAAAAGGAGGGAGUGUGGGUCGCAACAAGAACGCAGAUUGCCGAACACUUCAGAGAGAAAUUUCCCUACAGGAAAGGACAGUUGGCAUGA